CCUUAUAAAUACGAGAUGGUGCAAUCUCAAACUCCACCAGAGCUAAGCCUGCUCACUUAUUUGCCUGUUUCAUCUCUUUUCAAUAUUCAGUUUCUUUUGCUACUUAUUAGCUGCAUUAAUCGACUUGUGGUAAUGGACAAGGUGAGAGAUUUGGCAUCGAAGAAGGCAGCUGUAAUAUUCACAAAGAGCUCAUGUUACAUGUGUUAUAGCAUCAAGACACUAUUUUACGAGCUUGGUGCUAGCCCGGCGAUCCAUGAGCUCGACCACGAUCCUAAUGGUCGAGACAUGGAACGGGCUCUACGAGGGUUAGGGUGUGAUCCCUCCGUCCCUGCGGUGUUCAUCGGUGGAAGAUUCGUAGGCUCAGCAAAAGAUGUCAUAUCCCUUCAUGUAGAUGGGUCACUGAAACAAAUGCUCAAAGAUGCAAAGGCCAUCUGGUUCUAGCAAUAACCAUGUAAAAAUAAAAUAAAAAUGGAAACAACUUAAUCGUCCAUUUCCAUUGGCAAUUAAACUUAGAACUA